AUGUGGAUGGUGUACGAUCAAGUGUUGUUCAUCUGGUUGUUUCUAAUGAUCUCUCUGACGGUGCUUCCGCGAUUACUUUUUUGCAAACGCUCACAUGAAGUUUGGGUCCACAAGCACUUCACUAUUGUCAUGGAAGCGCAUGUGCGACAACUUUGCACAGAGCUCAAAACUUCAAAGAAACUUAACAAAUAUGUAUCUAAAUUUGUUAUUCGCAUCAAAUUAAUUGUUGAUUCCUUUCUCUUAGUAGGAGACUACAUCUCUGAAGAAGAUGAGAUCGAUGCCAUCCUUGAUGGACUUUUGAAGGAAUAUAAUUCUAUUAUGAUGCAAGUUUAUGAUAAAUCGGAACCUCCUACAAUCUAUGACAUUAAAGAAUUGCUUUAUGUCCUGGAAGCCCAACUAGAUAAUUUUCAGCAAGAACUCUCUGUAUCCAAUACUUCUUCAAAUCUUGCUCAACAUGCAUCUGGUGAUUGGUCGCGGUAA